AGCGUUCUCGAUAAUCCUCGCUGAUCUUGUGCGAUUGCUGCGCCUUCGGCUAGUGUAGAUUGCCAAAAGCCUUCGCAUUACUCAAACUUUUCAGUUCCUCGACCGGCAGCGAAAUCCCGGCUGCACAGCUCUCGUUGAAGCAAGGCUCUCACAGAGCACCUGUUGAUCUUGCGGUGAAAGCGCACCCUAGACGCUGCCAACAAGCUCGCCGGAGGGUGAGACAGACUACAAGAAGAGCGCGAGACAGAUCGCAAGAGCGCAGUUAUGGGUGAGCCGCUGAAGAGCCUCUCGGCGCGCGCAAGGCUCGGCGCCGCGCUCCCCGCCCACUACCCGGGCACGCCGGCGAAUUUUGAAGACGUCAGCGACGAGUCGACGCUCGCGCUGAGCGAGGUCCUCUCCGCAAUUUCUACCGAGGACGCCGCGCUCGUGAACCAGAUCCGCCGCUUCCGCGGGCCCUGGCUCCUAUCAAGAGCCGACGACCACGACCACAAGAUCUUGACCGCGUCCAAAACGUUCGUGGCCGACAUGAAGUACGCGCGUGGCGCGCUCGUGGGCCACAACUGCAAGAAGCUCCAGGGUUCAAAAAAGUGCGCCGUCAACGACUCAUGUAAUAAGCAGCUGUCCGCCGCGUUCCGUUCUAAUGAAGACGUCCACGUCGUGCUCCGGAACUACGAUGGAGAUGGAAACGCCUUCGGGAACUCUCUGACGGUCCUCGUGCUGCGCGACGCGAGCGGAACGGCGGUCUACCGCCUCGGCGUCAUCAAAACGGUGGUCGCGCCGGCCGAGGGCGAGGCGGAGCCCAAGGAGCCGCCCAAGAAGAAGUCCAAAUCCAAGAAGCCUGCCGCGAAGAAGCCGUCUGCGAGAAAGAAGCGCUGACGCCGCUCGCCUGCCUGUACAUCGUCCGAGUAAUCGCCCUUGUGUCUGC